AUGAUGCUGAUGAUGAUGAACGACUGGCAAAUAUGUAUAGAAUUUCAGCAGGUACGCCGUUACAUGCCUCAGCAAUUCUAUCAGACAUUUUUUUCUUCAGUCAAUAGUUUGUGGCGUUUCAAUUUUUCUUUUAAGAUUGCCCAAAACUGUUCAAUUGGGUUUAAUUCAACCAUUUGUGCGUUUUUCUAUGUCGAUUUUACUGAGGAAAGCGUCAAUACUUAUAGAAAGAAAAUCAAAGAAUUUGAAGAUUCUGAAAUAUGUUGGAAUAUUAGAGAGCAAGAUCCCAUUUUGGUUUUGAAACAAAGAAUAAGAGGCGAUCCAUUGACUUAUAAAAAAUAUCUUGAUGAAACUCCUGAAGAAAAAGUCAAUAAGAGAGAAAGAGUUGAAUUAGUUACUGAGGCACAAGUCAAGCAAUUUAUCAACGAAGUCUAUUGUCCGUCUCAGCCAGAAAACGAUGUAAUCUAUGUCAAGGGAAUUAUUUCUACCAAGGAGAUUUAUGAAUUAGUCAAGACUUUUACCACUGUUUUUCGUGAAAAAACAGCUCAGUCAUUUGCAGCCUGGUGUCGUAAUCAAAAGUUGAAUUUUUUACUUGCAAAAGAAAAAAAUCCCGAAGUAUCACCAGAGAGUUAUAUAUUUUGGAAUACAUUUAUUAUGGUAAACCAAGAUACGACGGAAUUAAAAUGGUCGCUAAUGUAUUUAAUUAUAGACAACCUUAUCAAUUCCAUGCGCACUUACUUACCGAAGUACCAAGAAUCAUUAAAAAACCUCAAGAAAAAUGGAUAUGAAAUUAUAGGUUAUGCUCGAAAAUCACCAAGUGAAGACGUUACUUCUAGAGCAAGACUUUUGAAAUCCAUGGUAUCAAAUUUGAAAGAACGAUCUUUUGCAACCAAAAUAUUCGUUUCACCUUGUAGUUGGGCCUCUCCGCCACUUGUAUCGCGUGAUUUACAAGGCAAUUCACGAGUUAUUAUGAACGAGUUAAGUGUUGAUGGUAACACGCAAGACUUGCUUGUCUACCUUAAGUCUGUUCAUCAUGAUGUUUGCUUGGUUACCAUUGACUUUGCUGGUAUAACAACAAGAAGUGAAGAUAUUGUUAACUUGGUUGAGGCAAAUCCCUCUUUAAAAAGGAUUGCAGUUGAAACCUUUGCCCAAUGCAAUGAGGUGUUUAUUUUUGACACCGAGAGAUUAGUUAAAGAUAAUGGCCUAUUACAAAAAUUUGAGAAUAGAAAUUAUUGUAUUCAAAGAUCAAAAUAA